CAGUUAUUUUGGUCCUUCCGAGUAGCAUUACUGGAUUGCUGGUUGCUUCAAUUUUCCUUAAAACUCUCAACAACAUGUUAGCCAAUACCAGCCUCAUCUCCUCUAACUUUACUUCCUUACUUCUUCCUAGAAAUCAUAAACUUACCGCUGAAAUUCCAUUUCCAAACAGUGCGAAAAUCAAGAAUCCCAAGACUCAAUUUUUCAAGAACUCAAUCUACAGUUGCAACUUCAUAAACACCAAAAUCUCAGGAUUUGGGCAAAAGGGUAGUCCGUAUAUAUGUCAUAGUUCACUAAACUUUCAAAAUCAAGAAGAACCAGAUAUGAAAAAAGAUGUAGACGAUUCUUUACAGGAGAAAGAGCUAGGUGGUGGAAAUAAUAAUGGUGACCAAUGGGAUAGGACAACAUCGUUUGUGCUGUUUGGGUUGUGGUCUGGACUCAUGUACUAUGUUUUCUUCCUUGCUCCUAAUCAGACCCCGUUGACAGAUAUGUAUUUCUUAAAGAAGCUCCUUAAAUUGAAAGGAGAUGAUGGCUUCCAAAUGAAUCAAGUGUUAGAAGGACUUUGGUACAUCAUGGGUUUGUGGCCAUUAGUUUACAGUAUGCUGCUUCUUCCUACCGCUAGAAGUUCAAAAGGCAGCAUUCCUGUUUGGCCUUUUCUUGUACUUUCAUGCUUUGGUGGUGCAUAUGCUCUCAUUCCUUAUUUUGCUCUCUGGAAACCACCACCUCCACCUGUUGAAGCAACUGAGCUUCAAAAGUUGCCUCUGAAUUUGUUCGAAUCAAAGCUAACUGCAGGGAUCACAAUGGCUGCAGGGCUAGGGAUAAUAUUUUAUGCAGGUUUCUCAGAUGGAGAUGUCUGGAAGGAAUUUUACCAAUACUUCAGUCAAAGCAGAUUUAUCCAUGUGAUGUCAAUUGACUUCAGUUUACUGUCAGCAUUUGCACCAUUCUGGAUUUACAAUGACAUGACUGCUCGAAAGUGGUAUGACAAAGGAUCUUGGCUUCUUCCUCUAUCGGUGGUUCCUUUUUUGGGUCCAGCACUAUACCUUCUCCUACGCCCAUCUGUUCCAACAGUACCAGCCUCAUCAAGCCCAACUUCGACUGAAGAAAAAUGAU